AACCUGAGUCAUGGUUGAAUGAGCUGACUGUGAUUUAUUUGUCAUCGGAUUGUGAAAGAUCGACUGAAGCGACAGCCUAUUUGAGUGAAGCCGCCAUGCCAGAGAGAGGAUGUAAAGAGAGAUGUAAUGUCAUCAUGCCACAGUGGUAAAGAUAAGUGCUCUCUCGCCUGACAAGUUUUAAGGCUAGUUUUUCAAGAUCAGCCGAACCCAUCCCCCUCCCAUUUCAAGAGCUCCAAAGUGAACCGGUAGUUAAGAAAAAGGACAACACCCGGAAACAUUAAAUCGCUCCCUACCUGUCUCCAGCCUUCAAUCGGGACUGGGCUGAGGGGGUUGAACAACUUCAAGAGUUACAGGUGAAAGGAUGGAGACCCAGAGGCAGGUUGUGGACAGGUUGGGGUCAGCGUUUCGUUCAGGCAUCACAAUACCAGAGCAGUUUCGUCAAACUCAGCUGACCAAGCUUAUGUCCAUGAUCAAAGAUAAUGAGGAACGGAUUUUAGAUGCACUGCACAAGGACCUCGCAAAGCCAAAAUUUGAGGCCGUCAUGUCCGAGGUUGAUAUAGUGAUCAAUGACCUACACCACACUAUUGCUAACUUCACAACCUGGAUGCAGCCGGAGUAUGUCAGCAAGAACCUGGCCACAAAGCUAGAUGACUGUAGCAUACGGCGGGAACCAUUGGGAGUCGUGUUAAUCAUUGGGGCAUGGAACUACCCCCUACAACUCACUAUCUUACCAAUGAUCGGAGCCAUUGCUGCAGUGGGGUGGCGGUCAGCGUGGCACCAGUUUGGAGAAGCAGAGAGUUGUACUGGCACUGAAGCUGAGCCAACGUACUGCUGUGGACAGGGAAACUGUGUGGUCAUCAAGCCUUCAGACGUCAGCGCCGUCACAGGCGCUCUGAUUGCAGAGCUCAUCCCCAAAUACCUGUCUCAGGAAUGUUACGCAGUUGUUUGUGGCGACGCAGAGGAGACCAAGGCCCUUCUGCAGAAUCGCUUUGACCACAUCUUCUACACAGGUUCUCAGCCUGUGGCACGCACCAUCCUGCAGGCAGCCGCGGUCCACCUGACCCCAGUGACCUUGGAGCUGGGUGGCAAGUGUCCGUGCAUCAUAUACGGACGGGUGGACAUUGAGGCUGCCGCUCGCCGCUUGGUGUGGGCCAAGUUUUUUAACCUCGGCCAGAGCUGCGUGGCUCCGGACUAUGUGCUGUGCUCACCGGCCACCCGGGACGCCUUGCUGCCUGCCAUCCGGGAGGUCCUGGAGGCUUUCUAUGGCAAGGAGCCUCAGAACUGUCCUGACCUGUCCCGCAUCGUGACACCCCGACACUGGACUCGACUGAUGGAACUCCUCAAGAGGUCCAGUGGCAAGGUUGUUGUGGGAGGAGAGAGCAACCUGGACGACAAGUACAUAGCUCCCACAGUGGUGGUGGAUGUAGCUGAAGAUGAUGCUCUAAUGGAGGAGGAGAUUUUCGGCCCCAUCCUGCCCAUCCUCACUGUAGAGUCUCUGGAGAAAGGCAUCGACUUAAUCAACCGCAGAGAGAGGCCACUGGCCCUCUAUGUUUUCUCUGAUGAAUCCUCUGUGGUAACAACAGUGCUGGAAAACACCAGGAGUGGAGGAUUCUGCUCUAAUGACGGGAUCGUCCACAUGACCCUGCCAACCCUGCCCUUUGGAGGUGUAGGAGCCAGUGGUUGGGGCAGUUACCAUGGCCGCUGGACCUUUGAGACGUUCAGCCACCGGCGGGCCUGCAUGCUGCGUGGCUGGGCUUUAGAGAGACUCAACCGCCUGCGCUACCCACCUUACAGUGACAAUAAACUGAGCUGGCUGCGCUGGACCACCUCGUCCAAAGGCAGCUGCUCACUCAUGUGAUGACAGGCAGGGGGAGCUCGUGUGUAAAGAUAGUGGAGCUUUUUAUACUGUGCAGUGAAGGUUGUGUUUGUGUGCUUGUGUUUAUUAACACACUGUGUUUGUCCUUCUUUUCAUCGUGCACGGUGAUCUCCCAAAGCAGACCUUAUGUAAUAAGCUUGCAGGCAAUUUUAAUUAUAAUUUUGUAUCUACAGGAUCCUUCUUCACUCUGAGUUUUUUAGUAGGAACAGAACUUACAGAGCACCCAACACAAAUUAAAACAAAAGUUUGUUAUUUUUUGAAUGAAAUAAUGUAAUCUGUCUCAUUUCUCAAAUCAUCUUGCACUGAAAACUUUGUGUUCAGAAUGGUGUUAUUGUUUUUAAUAACCUAAUUUGAGUGUCAGUGUAUUGUUAACACUUUCUUAUUCACUAACAGUUUAUUUUCUCUUGGUGUCACAGGAGAGACAGACGUGUUCUUGUCUGUAUUUCCAUAGUAAUUUUAAUGAAAUACUGUAAAUAAAUUUCACAUUGUACUCUUAUUGCCAAAUAUAAAAGUAUUUGAAAGUU